GUCACCAUGGCGACAUAAUAAACAGAUGAUAACAAGCCCUCCAGUGUGGGUCUGAGGCCGAGAAAGUGAGCAGAGAGACAGAGGAGGACGGACAGGUGCUUUCUCAUCAUGGCUGAAAAUUCAGAAGAGGAUGAGCUACUAACAGCGUUUAAAAAGUUUGCCAUUCACGGAGACACUAAAGCAACAGGGAAGGAGCUCAACGGGAAAAACUGGGCCAAACUCUGCAAAGACUGCAAGAUCAUUGAUGGCAAGCAUGUGACUGGCACAGAUGUGGACAUCGUCUUUACUAAAGUCAAGCAGAAGACAGCUCGAGUCAUCACCUAUGAGGAGUUUCAGCAAGCCCUCCAGGAGCUGGCUUUUAAGAGGUUCAGAGAUCAAAGCCAGGAUGAUGCUUUUCAAUCCAUCUGCAAGCUCGUGGAGGGUCAGGGACCAGCCAACGUUGGGGUGACGAAAGCUGCAAAGAUUGCUGCAGUGGACCGUCUGACUGAUACGUCCCGCUACACCGGAUCUCACAAGGAGCGCUUUGAUGAAAGUGGUCGGGGCAAAGGCAGAGAAGGGCGGGAGGAGAUUGUGGAGAAUACUGGAUAUGUGGGAGCCUAUAAGAAUGCUGGGACAUUUAACAUCAAGAAGAAAAAUGAGAAGUGAUUAGGUGGGAGCUGACUGGAAGUUCUGCUCCACUGUUCCAACUGGACCAAACCGUGAACUGUAACCAUGUAUGUGUGUUUGUGUGAGCAUGCAAGAUUUAGUCAGAGUCUGAUAAACUGUAUCCUAAUCCUGAUCAUUUUUUGUCACAUUUAAGAAUGCCAAAGUUGUAUGAGCAGUGAUCCCCACAGGCAGGAGAGGUCAAUGCAUGUGUUUUUGCUUCAGUGUUUGGGCAGAGGACUGUUCCAUUUCUUUUUCUAGUCCUUUUCGGAGGCUCCAUAAUGACUAAGGCAAAUUAGCUUAUCAGAAUAGUUUUUAUUAUAUUUUUGAACCAAGGCUUUCCCUGAAAUUUGUCUAAAACACUUUUCAUUCUUCUGCCUCUUGCAUCACCGUGUGCGAUACUAUAUGAUGACUCUGCCACUGAAAAGCCCUCCAAGUGUGUGAGGGUCAGUGUGCAAACUGCAGCCAAGUAGAAGAUAAACAAGACUAUCUUUAGGACUAUUUAUUUGCAUCACCACCUGCCUGAGAAAGACCACAGAACAGGGACCAGGGCCUCCUGUAGAAACAAACUGGAAGCUAAGAAUAAGCAGUGCAUGUGCAUACUGUGAAAUUAGUUAAAAUAAGACAUUUCUGUGCAAAACACCAAUGUUUACGCAGGCCUAAUAAAAAAACAGCCCAAGUUUAAGAACAAUGCAAUAAAUGUUAAAACCAUUGACUGUAUAUAGUGGACUUAACUGAGUGACCACCUCCCCUCUCAUUCCAAAUAGAAAGUAUCUGUUGGUUCCAAGAAACCGAAAUUCCAAAGACUUCUAUAGAGAAAUAAACUAUGAAGUGAAUGAUUUGUUUUUCCAGUGUUUUCAUAGAGAAUGAGUUACAAUGUGUUCUACUUUAGAAAACAAAAAAAGGAGAAGACUUACCUGCAGUGUCAUACAUCCAAUGAAGCUUAAAAUGAGGGAAGCUGUGAUGAUGAGGCAGAUGAAACAGCAUGUUGAUGCAUAACUAAAUAAAACUUUACUAAAGCAACUAGGUGUGUUUGACUUUAAAAUGACACAAAACAAUACUUCACACAGAAGAAGACUUUGUGUGCUGCUUAAAAAUCAGGUGGGUGAUUGUCAGACUGGAGUCAGUUGAGUCAGUACUAUGGAUCCGAGCGAUUGUGGAAGCUCGCCUGGCCAGGUGGCAUUGGUGGAAGUCGCUGAUCAGGGAGGGGGCAAGGAUGUUGUCAGCAGCAACUAGAGAUGUCCCGAUCAGGUGUUUUUGAGCCCGAUCCAAUUUUGAGUCAUUUGAUUUGUGGAUUUGCCAAUACAGAGUCCGAUCCGAUACUUUUGUAACAUAUUUAAAACAUGAAUAAAUUGAAUAAACAGAUUUGUGUUGUCCCUCAUUUAUAUUUCAUUAACCUUCUUUUACCAUUAAAAACUUAAAUGGAACACUUGUGUGAAGUAGUUUUAAUUAAUAACUUAAAAUAAAACAAAUAUAUAAAAAAAUAACUAUUUUCUAGAUAUACAAGUAAUAAUUAGUCAUGUUAAGAAAGUUUAGUGACUUUAGCUUUAAUAUAUUUAGAGCUAUUGAACAUUUUUGACCAAAUGUGAUUCAUGUCCUCAUUUAGAAUUCUUAAAAAUAAAUUAUGACUUUGUUUUAGCAUAAAAUUUAAUGAGUGUUCAUGGCUAGCUGAUGGUAGAACAAUUUAUUAGUUUUUUUUAGAUUAUGUAAUUCCUUUUUAAGCUCUUAAGAUAUGAUGGGUAUAAACAGAAUUGUACACCCCAAAGAUGUUAUGUCCCAACAAUGAGGGUAUGGCUGAUUUACAUAUUUAGAUUUUAAGUUAAUAUUUAUGAUGGUGGUUAAAAAAAAAAAAA